UGGGUUUAGUAACUCCCUGAGCCGGGUUUCAGUCCUCGGUAGAUUCUGAAGACAGCUGGCUCACUCACAUAUUUCAGGGAUGGGGAAGGACUAGUGACGAGGAGAUGUAAAGGAGGAUGAUAUGAUCCCGGAUAGGGAUGCACACCGGUCUUCUCUUCUCCUCCAGGGGUGUAUAUUCACUCUUCAAGUUCUAGCCGCAGCGUCAGCACAAAAUGUUGGCUGCCUGUUCUCGGGGCAAGUGUGUGAGGAGGGGGAGGAGUGCUUCAAUGACCUGGUGAUUGGACGAUGUGUCUCCGACUCCCGAACGGACCCAGAUGUAUUCAGGAUGGGUCCUCUCUCCGGGCCCCCCAUGGACCUUUUGGAGGCUGAGAUGAGAAGAGUUUUCUCCCAGGGGUUUACUUGGGAGGAUAACUAUUCUCAAUGCAUCUUCCAAACUCUCCUGGAACACGUUAACAACAGAGAACUUUAUUCCCCGGACGAAUGUUCUCAUUUGCUGGCGGAGACAUUGGAGGCGGAGGAGAACGGCGGAGAGGAGGCGGAGGAGAACUUUCAGCUUUCACCAGAUACUGACGACUUUGAAAACCUUAAACUCGACUUCGGGCCUGGUUUAGAGCAGAGCCGAGACUUUUCAGAUGAUGCUCUCUCUGGUUAUACCGGGGAGACUGAACAAGAUUUUAACAAGAUUUUAAUCAUCCCAACAUCUGAUGAUUUCUCUGAAGACUCGAGGUUCCAGCUCCAACCAUACCUCCCGGAGAACAUUCCCGAGGACAUACUUAGUCCCGAGGACACCAUCUUCAACGAGGACGAGAUCCUCACCGACAUUAUGCCCGAGGUCAUUCCUGUAUAUCUGGAAGACCAGACUCCUGACCGUGUACCUGAUAUUGUGGCAGAUGAAGACGACUUGACCGAGGCGCUGGAAAAUCUAGAAAAUCUGCAAAGCAUGUUUUACGCGCCUACAAAUGUGCGAAGAAAACGGCCAAGCAACAACGACUGGGUUAUCCUGAAAGAUCUCGAGGAGAAAAAUGACGAAAACGUUUCGACAAUGGACUUUGACUAUAACGACUCCGCUGCCAGCCAGGACGGUGACAAUGACGACACAGUUUACUACGGACUGGACGAACCGGCGGCGUUUGAGACGAUCUUUGACCGGCGAGAACGAUUGGACGUUAAGAAACCUGGACCAUUCUUCGCUAACAGCCAGAACAACUUCUUUCUUGAUAAAUUGCUGAGGCUUGAGGAGAACACAGGUUCAGAGGAGUACCAGGAGAAUGAUGUUGGACAGACUGAGUAUGAAAAUUCUCUUCCAACCAGGAGUAAGGAAAAGAAAGCUGUAAAGAUCAACGGUAGAACUGGAGUUCUUCAGAUAGAGAAUCCAACACCUCAAGAUUCGUAUCUUGUUGUUAACAUCAAGGAUAGGUUUAAGACGCUAGGUCAGGCGGUAGAGGUGGUUGAUGCUAUUGCAACACAGCUUCAUGUACCUAGGAAUGCUUUCGGAGAACCAAGAUUAUCUACGUCACAGCUUAGUAUUCCUGUCGAAUCCAACCCACGCCAACUCAAUGCCAGCGAGAUGGCAGAUAUCUUAGGACAUCAGCUAGACUUGGUAAACAAGAGAACAGACCGCGCUGCGGGUAUUACUAUCGAGAGCUUCUCUUCGGGAGACGAGAAUAACGUUGUAUCUGUUUACACCGGACAUUCUCAGCUCUUCCUGGCACUAUUCAUUCUUACCGCAGCUGUUGCCUCUGUACUCGUGUCUGGAUGCCUCGUACUAAUCCUGCGCCGAAGACGGAAUAAGAAGAGUGAGAACAAAGACGACAGAGAGGACAGAGAAGAACCUGUUAAAGAGUACAAGCAACUGGUGAGAGAUUGGUCUCGCUCCAGCCGCGCCAGCCAGAGCAGUAGCGGUGGUGGGGGGCCAGGCAACGGAGUAGGAGCAGAGGACGGGAGCAGGGUUAGGACGAUUAGCGAGGACGGAGCAAAAAAGCAACCUCUUAUCGGAGCUACGGUGAAGCAGCAGAACUCUUCUGACUCUGGACCAUCCAGCACAUCAUCAUGCAGGCCCGAAGAACCUGGAGUAAGCAGUAUGGAUAUAUCUACUGGACACAUGGUUCUCGCAUAUAUGGAAGAUCAUCUCAACAACAAGCAGCGCCUGGAGCAGGAGUGGGUUGGCCUUUGCGCUUACGAGGCUGAACCAGCAGCAACCUCGGUAGCUUUCAAGGUUGAGAACAAGAAGAAGAAUAGGUAUCCGGAUAAACUUCCUUACGAUCAUAACCGAGUUCUCCUAAAUGCUCUAGUAAAUGGAAACAACUCAGACUAUAUCAAUGCAUCAACUGUGACGGAUCAUGAUCCGCGGAACCCUGCUUACAUCGUGACCCAGGGGCCCAUGUCCCACACUAUUGCAGAUUUCUGGCAGAUGGUUUGGGAACAGGGAAGCGUAGUCAUCGUAAUGCUCUCCAGGUUAGCGGAGAAUGGAUAUCAACUAGCACAUAGAUACUGGCCAGAGGAAGGAUCACAACAAUAUCAUAUAUACGAGGUUCACCUUGUAUCGGAGCAUGUUUGGUGCGAUGAUUAUCUCGUCAGAUCUCUUUAUCUAAAGAACACACAGACCGGAGAAACCAGGACGGUUACACAAUUUCACUUCCUAUCCUGGUCGGACGGAGCUACUCCGGUUUCAACUAAAUCACUCCUGGAGUUUAGAAGGAAAGUUAACAAGUCUUACAGGGGCAGAUCUUGUCCUAUCAUCGUACACUGCAGUGAUGGAGUGGGUAGAUCAGGGACGUAUAUUCUCCUGGAUAUGGUUCUUAACAGGAUGUGUAAAGGUUCAAAGGAAAUUGAUAUUGCGGCAACUCUUGAACAUAUCAGAGAUCAGAGAAGUGGAAUGGUUCAGACAAGAUCUCAAUUUGAGUUUUGUUUAACAGCUGUAGCGGAGGAGACACACGCAAUAUUAAAAUCUCUCGCCCAGUAGACAUCAACGACAACGAGACAGACUUGAAAACGACUUAAACGACUGUCCGUUCACACCAGACCUUGUGUCAUUGUAAGUUUCAAUUGGUUAAAACAAUGCAAGCGGGUGUGCAGGUUACAAGAUGUUUUUAUUUUAACUCACUGUGCAAGCAAUGGAUUUUGUACUUGUUGUGCAGAAAUCAUUUUUAUUAUUAUUAUUAUGAUACCUGGAUGUUAUUUAACAAAUUGGUUUCCCCGUUUCUCUUGCACCAUCACUUCCUAAAUAGCUAUGUCAAAUUAUUGGAAAAUUGUUGAAACGCUUAAUUAGGUUUUAUAUAGUCAUUCCUUGUAUAAGUACGAAGGCAGUAGAGCCUGAACAGCUGAGUGCCAGACAACAGCUGAUUGAUCCUUCUCCCUGGCUCGCGCCGACUAGGGCACCCGCUCAGACUUGCACGCCUGGCGUGACCUCCUGACAUCUAAACCUGCUUCGAGCUUUCUCCCAGCCUCUUAUGCUUAGAACCAACUCUGAGGUCACGAGGCCACGCCACUCCCGUUCCUCCUCCGAGAUUUAACAUGACCCCAGCCUCCAUGCUAAGUCUCGAAAAAAACGAAGUAGGUGGAUUCUGAGACUGCCAUUAUCGCGCGUAAAGUCCACCGAAACUGCUUGCAACCCUGAGCGUAUACGAUAAACAGGUUGCGUGUCUAACGACCCUACAUGAGCUAGAUGCUUCGUGUAGAACAAAACUGAGCCGAGUUCGGGAGAACGAACGAUCGAAGGUGGCUCCGGGGUGCGUAGGGUUAGUUCCUAAACUCUAUCAUCUCAAGUUCAGCGCAAACAAAUACAUCUGCGGAAACAGCUAUUAAUUGAACACUGUUAAAACUUGAACAUAUAAAAAAUUGUCAGUAUUCUGAGGGUUUGUGAUUGUAGUAUUAGUUCUUUAAUUUUCCUUUAUCACUUAAAACUAGAAGGGCUUGUUACAUCUCUCUUUGAAGGCGGAUUCACCAACAUCUUGACGCCAUAAUCUAGAAUAUAUUGAUGUCACAAUCUCAAUUGAAAUAUAUGUAUAAUCGGCA